CAAAUUCUAAUGCGUUUAAUGUGAAUGCUGAAAACACGGUAUCUCAUUGUGGCGGAGUGAAUGCCCAAGGAUCUUCCAACAACAGCUCGUUGCCGAAACCAGCAAGUGAAGCUCCAGAGAAUCCAAUAUCAAGCCUGUUGAAUAUGGAUGCUAUUCCCAGCAAUUUUCAGAUCGGUUGUACCAAAAUCGAAGUAGUAACAAUGCCGACUGAUCAGGAAGGGCGCAAUCAACAGUCAGCACAUCCUUCGUUGCCUUCUGGUGUAUCCUUGAGUAAAUCUGCAGACGAUGGGAACGAUCAAAGAGAAGACGUUGAAAAGAUAUUGGAUGCUACGGCAGUACCACGGUAUACACUUGCUUCUCUCAAACCUCUUUUUAAUCCUGAUUCUCACAGCACUUCAACGGAAAAUGAAUCAGUAUCGAAAGUAGAGCAGUUGUUGAUCGAUACCAACCGGAAACUCGACUUGGUGCUAGAGAAACUGAGUCAAAUGGACCGUAGAAUGAUAUUACAUGAAACACAAAUGAAUUUGUUGGAGAAAAAAAUCGAUAUGCAUUUGUCCUUAGGUGUAGUACCGAAAGAGAGAACAGACAAAACAGCUCUAGAGUCUAGUAGCACAAGUAAAGGCAGUCUAGAUAAUUCGUUAUCAUUAUUUUCGCCGGUAUCGUGUUUGUUGGACUUGGAAAACUUGGAAGAGUUAGCCAGGGAUAAGAACUAUGUUAAUUAUGUGAAAACCCGCGUACAAGGUAUGUUACGUACCAGAAGAAGAUCAUUAAAACAAAGUAUGGCUAGUAACCGAAGUGCAGGACGAACAUAUUGCUUGCGAAUAGUGGAUCUAUUUUUUACCAGAUUUUUCUUGACUCAAUGCACUUGGGCAGGGCAACGUCGCGGGACAAAUCGGAGAAUUCGUUUCAGAGAUUUCGUUCAUGUGAUUAAUAUGUUUUACGAGACUGUGCACUAUAUCGAUCCUUCGUUUACUAAGGAAGAUACAGAAUCGUUCUUGAAACAAAUCGUUAGAGCAGCUAAUUAUCGGUUCCAAGCAGGUCCUCCAAAGUUAAAAGUUACUAGCCACCCCAGAAAAACACGAAGAACGAAUAUUUUAACAAACACCGAAUCGAAUGAUAACGUCGAAUCGUAUGAAAUAAUGGAAUUUGAUCCUUUAGAGAUAAAAUCAGAACCAGAAUCAUAAUGCAGAAAAGCUGAAAGUGUGUUGGGAGGAAAAGACGCAUCCCUUUCAUCUUCUAAACUUUUAAAAAUUAACAAACAUCGAUUAAGGGAAAAUACUAGAGAUCUAGUAGUAAUGGAAUGCUUCAUAAACGUGUCCAAAUGGAAAAUAAAGGAUUUAAAUAAAUAAGAUAUGAUUUUGAUGUUUCACACUUUUUCUGUUAGGCGGUUUGAAUGAUAGAUUUACAUUUUUUUGUAUUUGUAUACCCGGGUAUCAGGGUGGGACCUCUUUUAAAAUGUUUAUAAUUUAGAACAUCUAAGUCAACAUCAAGGUAGAACAUCUCACAAUAAUUUGAGCUGAUAAUGUUCGUUGCUGUUGAAAUACCGUUGCAGGAAGUGUAAAUAGAUUAGGUGCGAUGUUUUAGUUAAGACAUUCAUCGAAAGUUGUUUGGCAGGAAAUAUAAUAGAAUUUGAGCAUAAUCAUAACAAAACAUUUCCCUCCGAAACGAACUACAAUCGGCAUCCUAAAUUCCUGUGCGUGCGUGAUCCCAAACUAUUCGCAGGACUAGAUAGUGAUCCAAAUUCUAAUGCGUUUAAUGUGAAUGCUGAAAACACGGUAUCUCAUUGUGGCGGAGUGAAUGCCCAAGGAUCUUCCAACAACAGCUCGUUGCCGAAACCAGCAAGUGAAGCUCCAGAGAAUCCAAUAUCAAGCCUGUUGAAUAUGGAUGCUAUUCCCAGCAAUUUUCAGAUCGGUUGUACCAAAAUCGAAGUAGUAACAAUGCCGACUGAUCAGGAAGGGCGCAAUCAACAGUCAGCACAUCCUUCGUUGCCUUCUGGUGUAUCCUUGAGUAAAUCUGCAGACGAUGGGAACGAUCAAAGAGAAGACGUUGAAAAGAUAUUGGAUGCUACGGCAGUACCACGGUAUACACUUGCUUCUCUCAAACCUCUUUUUAAUCCUGAUUCUCACAGCACUUCAACGGAAAAUGAAUCAGUAUCGAAAGUAGAGCAGUUGUUGAUCGAUACCAACCGGAAACUCGACUUGGUACUAGAGAAAUUGAGUCAAAUGGACCGUAGGAUGAUAUUACAUGAAAAACAAAUUAAUUUGUUGGAAAAAAAAGUCGAUAUGCAUUUGUCGUUAGGUGUAGUACCGAAAGAGAGAACAGACAAAGCAGCUCUAGAGUCUAGUAGCACAAGUAAAGGCAGUCUAGAUAAUUCGUUAUCAUUAUUUUCGCCGGUAUCGUGUUUGUUGGACUUGGAAAACAUGGAAGAGUUAGCUAGGGAUAAGAACUAUGUUAAUUAUGUGAAAACCCGCUUACAAGGUAUGUUACGUACCAGAAGAAGAACAUUAAAACAAAGUAUGGCUAGUAACCGAAGUGCAGGACGAACAUAUUGCUUGCGAAUAGUGGAUCUAUUUUUUACCAGAUUUUUCUUGACUCAAUGCAAUUGGUCAGGGCAAGCUCGCGGGACAAAUAAUCAGAGAAUCCGUUUUAAAGAUUUCGUUUAUGUGAUUAAUAUGUUUUACGAGACUGUGCACUAUGUCGAUCCGUCGUUUACUAAGGAAGAUACAGAAUCGUUCUUGAGAGAAGUGCUUAAGCAGGCUAAUAGACGGUUCGAAAAUGGCCCUCCAAAGUUAAAAACUGCAAGCCGCCCCAGAAAAGCACGAAGAACGAAUAUUUUAACAAACACCGAAUCGAAUGAUAACGUCGAAUCGUAUGAAAUUAUGGAAUUUGAUCCUUUAGAUAUAAAAUCAGAACCAGAAUCAUAAUGCAGAAAAGCUGAAAGUGUGUUGGCAGGAAAAGACGCAUCCCUUUCAUCUUUUAAACUUUUGAAAAUUAACAAACCUCGAUUAAGGGGAAAUACUAGAGAUCUAGUAGUAAUGGAAUGCUUCAUAAACGUGUCCAAAUGGAAAAUAAAGGAUUUAAAUAAAUAAGAUAUGAUUUUGAUGUUUCACACUUUUUCUGUUAGGCGGUUUGAAUGAUAGAUUUACAUUUUUUUGUAUUUGUAUACCCGGGGAUCAGGGUGGGACCUCUUUUAAAAUGUUUAUAAUUUAGAACAUCUAAGUCAACAUCAAGGUAGAACAUCUCACAAUAAUUUGAGCUGAUAAUGUUCGUUGCUGUUGAAAUACCGUUGCAGGAAGUGUAAAUAGAUUAGGUGCGAUGUUUUAGUUAAGACAUUCAUCGAAAGUUGUUUGGCAGGAAAUAUAAUAGAAUUUGAGCAUAAUCAUAACAAAACAUUUCCCUCCGAAACGAACUACAAUCGGCAUCCUAAAUUCCUGUGCGUGCGUGAUCCCAAACUAUUCGCAGGACUAGAUAGUGAUCCAAAUUCUAAUGCGUUUAAUGUGAAUGCUGAAAACACGGUAUCUCAUUGUGGCGGAGUGAAUGCCCAAGGAUCUUCCAACAACAGCUCGUUGCCGAAACCAGCAAGUGAAGCUCCAGAGAAUCCAAUAUCAAGCCUGUUGAAUAUGGAUGCUAUUCCCAGCAAUUUUCAGAUCGGUUGUACCAAAAUCGAAGUAGUAAACAUGCCGACUGAUCAGGAAGGGCGCAAUCAACAGUCAGCACAUCCUUCGUUGCCUUCCGCUGUAUCCUUGAGUGUAACUACAAACAGUAGUAGUGAUCAGAAUGAAUCGUCGGAAAAUGUAUCUGUAUCGAAAAUAGAGCAGCUGUUGAUUAAUAACAACCAGAAACUCGACUCUCUGCUAAAAAAAAUGAAUCGUUGUCAGAGAAGGUUGACGGUAAUUGAAAAAAGUAUGAAAACUCUGGAGAAACAUAGAAAAGCAUACGCGCCAGUAAGAAAGGAAAGGCCUAUGCAGGAAGUUCCGGAAACCAGCAAGAAUAGUCCAUCAGUCCCGGAUAAAUUGGUACUCCCUUUUACGCCGGUAUCUUGCUUAUUUGAGUUGGAAAAAUUGGAAGAAAAGGCUAAAGACAUGCAUUUCGUUACUUAUGUGAAAAUGCAGGCUAAUCGUAUUAUUGGGCUCCAUAUAGAGGAGGGAAAAGGAAAGGCCUAUUGCUUCCGAAUACGCGAUCUAUUUUUUUCCAAAUUUUUUUUCACUCAAUGCUCAUGGUCAGGACGAGUUGGUCGAUAUAAUGGAACAUCUGAAGGUGUUCCUAAGAAAAUCCGUUUCGUGGAUUUCAAGUAUGUUAUUAAUUUGUUUUACCAGACAGUAAACUAUGUUGAUCCUUUGUUUUCUAAAGAAGAUGCGGAAGCGACUCUCAAACGAGCGAUAAAAGAUGCUAGUUACCGGCGGCCACAUUGCGCUCCACAGACCCCAUCUAUUCCAGAUGGUGCGAUAGUAAUUCCAAUCGAGGAAAUUUCACCAAAUAUUAAAACGAUGGAUAGCGUCGAAUCGUAUGAAAUAAUGGAAUUUGAUCCUUUAGAUAUAAAAUCAGAGCCAGAAUCAUAAUAGAGAAUAACUAGAAAUGUGUUGGGAGAAAAAGACGAAUUCCUUUGUUCCUCUAAACUUUUGAAUAUUAUCCAGCAUCGAUUAAGUGUAAAUGCUAGAGAUGUUGCAUUAAUGGAAUGCUUGAUAAACGUGCAUGAAUGAAAAAAAAUGAUUUGUAAUUGAUUAUGAUUUUGUAUAACGUAACAACGUUGCAGGAAGUUUAAAAAGAUUUGGUGCGAUGUUUUACUUGAGAAUUUCAUCGCGAAUCGUUUGGCAGGAAAUAUAAUAGAAUUUGAGCAUAAUCAUAACAAAACAUUUUUCUCCGAAACUGCGAUCGACAUAAAAAAAUACUUUUUAAGUGUGCACGUGCCCUCCGCGCUGGCUUCUUCAACACAUUCCAUGCACCGUGUUUUCUUCCACCCUGUUUUUUGUGGUGAUCUCUACGCGUUCCGAGCGUGACUGGUGAUCUUGUAGGAUCUUGCAAGUUUUACUUGAUCCGAUUUCGUGUUUUGCUGUGAUCGGAUACCACGUAUUGUUGCACUUUGUGAAGACCCUGCUUUUGGGUCAAAUUGUUCGCUCUUAAUUUUUCCCUCGACUGUGUUGUGUGCACUGAUAAGAAAGGCUCUGUAGAGAUUGUCGAGGUGCCAGGUGGAAUUAUUCGUUAGAUCUUGGGCUAUAUCUUACCUGCUGCUGCUGAACAUAAUCGAUUGCCCAUUCGCUAUGCCAUCAGAAGUGAAGGAAUUUCUGCGCCAAGCCGCAAUGCAGGUCGGUGCGGGUGGCUCAGCGGGAUUCGUGGAGGUGUGCAUCAUGCAUCCGCUGGAUUUGGUAAAGACGAGACUCCAACUGCAAGCCAGCCCCCCCUCUGCUGGGACGGCGAAGUCAACGACCUACUAUAAUGGUGUAUUCGAUUGCAUUCGCAAAAUGGCCCAAUCGGAGGGUUUGUUUUCACUGUACAAAGGUAUUUUGCCACCGGUGCUAGUUGAAACACCGAAACGUGCGGUCAAAUUUCUGACCUUCGAGCAGUACAAGCGUUUCUUCAUGUUCGGUUCCGACAAACCAACGCCCUUGACAUUUUCAUUGGCCGGGCUUGGAGCCGGUGUAACGGAAGCCAUUCUGGUCAAUCCCUUCGAAAUGGUCAAGGUUACUUUGCAGGCCAAUAAGAACAAAAUGGGACAAGUGCCAAGCACGUGGGCCGUCACGCGACAGAUCAUCGGAGAAUCGGGCUUUGGAUUGAACGGAUUGAACCGCGGUCUAACCGCGACCAUCGGACGGAACGGGGUUUUCAACAUGAUUUACUUCGGUUUUUACCACAGUGUCAAGGGCAUGGUUCCGGAGUACAAGGAUCCCGUGCAAGAGUUUUUGCGAAAAGUCGGUAUCGGGUUCGUAAGCGGAACACUUGGGUCGAUCGUUAACAUACCCUUCGACGUGGCGAAAUCACGAAUUCAGGGACCACAACCGGUGCCAGGGCAGGUUAAAUAUCGUACCACCUUCGGCUCGAUGGCGAUCGUUGCUCGCGAAGAAGGUUUCGGGGCACUGUACAAAGGUCUCACACCGAAGGUGAUGCGGCUGGGACCGGGAGGUGCCAUCAUGCUGGUCGUCUACGAUUAUGUGUACGCGUUCCUGGACGAUUACUUCAAGUAAUUAAGUUAAUUGAUCACGCACGCGCGUACAUCAGAGAUCAAUGGCGGGGUUUAGAAAGGCGGUGCAUCAUCAGCAGAUACGGCGAUUUAUAAGUCAAUUGUUUGAAACCGAACAAAGUCUGAAGUCUUCGCUCGGUGUCUUCUCCCCCCAUUAGCGAUGCUCAGGAACGCUCUUUGCAUUUAUUUUCAACAACACAAAACAAACAAAAAAUGAAGCAUUUUGUCGAGAGUAUUUUUUAUGACGUCACGGUUUACGGUUUUGAGAUGCAUGUAUAACGUGCCCCAAUCUGUGGUUUUGAAGGUUUACUCACUAAGGAAUGCAUUUGGUAUUGUAAAAACUUGUUAAAACACACAAAAGAUGUGUUAAAAUAAAGACAAAAAAAAGUUG